UUCUUCCAUUACUAAUAUUAUAUCAUCCUCCUUGUACCUCCCAAAUUAAUCCACACAACUGAAUCAUGAACACUUCUUCCAUAUCCAUCCAUGCCUGCUCUCAAACCAAACCCCCCAGUUCUGAUCAUGACUCGCUUUCCAUACAAAUCCUCCAUUCAUCAAUCCAAACUCUGAUAAACUCGUGGCGUGCAAGACAGAAAUGGCUUCACCUCCUCUCCAUCACCAAACCCAGAACCCAAGUUCCUCUAGAUCAAAACUUUGGUCCAAAUUGGCGGACCCAUUUGGUUAGUUUCCUAGAAUCAACAUGGGUUCACAUGUUCUCGGUCCUCUUCCUCGCACUGGAUCUCCUCAUCACCAUCCUCGAGCUGUCCUCCUCUUUGCUAAGUUCCUGUCAGAACAGAACACAAAAGAAAGCUGCAGAACUUGGGUUUAUUCUCCACUGGGUUGGGAUCGGGAUCCUGGGUUUGCUUUCUGUGAAGACGAUGGCUUUAUUGGUGGGCUUAGGGUGGUCCUUCUUCAGGCAUGGUGGGUAUGUUGUGGAUGGGAGUGUGGUGAUUGGGGCUUUGGUUUUGGAAGGAUUCUUGGAGGAGAAAGGAGGAGGUCUGGUUGUGGUAGUGAUGCUGUGGAGGGUAAUUAGAGUUCUGGAAAGUGCCUUCGAGUUGAGUGAUGAAGCCAUUGAAGCUCAGAUUGAAGGUAUAGUUUGCCAGUUUGAGGCCAUUAGUGAGGAGAAUAGGAGGCUUUCAGAGACAAUUCAAAAACUCGAGGACGAUUUAGAUCAAUGUUGCUUCCAAUCCAAGCCAAGUUUCUCAGUUUCAUAACCAGUUUUAAUUGUCUUCCCCUUAUGAUUGGUGCAGCAGGUAUAAGUAUAUAUAUGUAUAUAUGCAUAUUUAAUUAUGGAUUAUGUUUCUCGCAUGCAUGAUUUUUAAUGUUCCUGCUGGCGGCUUACAAGCGGCAAUGUAAACUUGAAACAAUAUUGUUACGCUUCAAACUAUAUUCAAGAUCAGUAAAAAUAAAGAGCAAGAGGCUCGUUAACUUGAACUCUUAC